CUUCGGAGUUCGUGUCAAAGGCUUGUAGGAUACCCAUCAAAAGAGCAUUUACGCGUUUUUUUGUGAAACCUGACUUUCGUCACUGCCAGGGCAUAUCUCUCUAUCGGAAUCCUCAGAGCCAUUAUAGAGAAUCGAAGAUUCAAGAUUAUCGUAUCAUUAGCAAUACCAAUUCCAUUUCAACUUGUUUAAGUAGUUCAAUUCGCCCGCGAUAGCCAUUUUUCAUUUACCAGACACAUUUUUCAUUCUACAUUAUCGAUCUCAUCAUACUAUUCACAUCGCCGUCACUACCAGUAUUCUUCACAUCUUCCUCCACGACUAUUGCAACCCAUCACCAGCAAAAGAUUCUUAUCGCUUCAUAAUUUCUUCGAUAUCGUCAUCGUAUUCCUCGUUAUUUGAAUACAUUCAUUUUCAUUUUCGUAACAUUUUCAUUUGUUUACUUAUUUAUCCUCAUUCCACAAUGCAAAUAUGCUAGAGCCACAGCAACGUCUAAGAAAUGCCGUAAUCGAGGGAAAUCUACCCAUAGCCCGAAGGCUCAUGAGCCGGUUUCCCGAGCUCUGGCUAAAUGUCGAUUCUGGUCAUAAUGGCUGGUCCAAUCUCCAUUACGCGGCCUAUAACGGAAAUUAUCUUAUCUGUUUUCAUUUGAUAUCCUACAUCAACAACCAUUUAGGCUCACUUCAAAGCCAGUACACGCUGCUAGAUUUGCUCACAUUUGACGAGCUCACAGUACUUCACUUAGCAGUCGUAAAUCACCAUUCACAAACGCUUCAUUAUCUCCUACAGGAGUUUCCAGGCAGGCUCUGGCUCAAUUUUGCAGGGGGAAAGUUGAAGCAAACACCUCUUCAUUACUGCUGCAUUCACGGAUUCACAGAAGGAGUUAAUUUACUCAUGGAUUACGGUGCAAAUUGGGAGUUACAGGACGUAAACGGUGAUACUUGUCUACACUUGUGCUUUCAGUAUGGCCAUUUUGAGUGUAUCCGUGCCAUAUACAAGUUUGUUGUUCUAAACUACAAAGAUAAAGAAAAGUCUCUGGCCAAACUCACUGAGUUUGAAAAAAUGAAAAACAAAAAAGGCUGGGUCGGCCAGGACUACUCAUCCAGUUUCGAUUUAUUAAGCCAGUAUAAGCUGCUAAAACGUGAACUCUUUGCACUUAACUUCGAUUUUCAGGAGUCAAUUGCUCUUACUGAUAUCAGUUCAUCCAACUCUUCAUUCUUGAACUUGCCAAAUCGGUCACAAACGUCUCUUACUGAGAAUAAGAUCUUAUCUAGCCCAAUUGUUCCUGUUUCUCAGUCUCUGUUAAAGACAACAGAAGAGGAUCCAGAGACUCCUACAACCUCAGAUUACCCCGUAGGUGCUCGAGCUCAUUCUCAGUCACUUCCAGGAUCUGCAACAGUUCCAGAAUUCACUUCUACUAAACAGAAAUCUGCAGCAAACAGAUCUAGAUCAAACACAACAUAUACCUACAAACCACCUAACCCCAUAAACACCAAUAGCAUGGUCGUAUCACCGAGAACUGCCCUACCACCAAACACUCCCAAAGUCAGCAAAGCACCUUCGUUGAAAUCUGUAACAAUAUCGCCUUCUAUCAGAAACAACCAGGACGUUCCCACUUCGCCACAAUCUGCGCUCUCUAGUAACUCCUCUACGAAUAAUUCUCCUAUUAACCACAGUAAUGGUGGAGGGACAAGGAAAAAGAGCCAUUCGUUUUCGAAACCCAGUGGUUCAUACCAAUUGACGUCAAUGAAUGUUUCCGCUUCGUCUAUUGCUGCGAAAUUGGCCUUUAACAGCAGCAGAAGUUCGCUAGAAACGCUGAACAGUCCUCGAAGACGGCCCUCGCUUUCUAUUUCCACCAAUGACGUUAUGCACUCCAGUGCUAGUAGUAAAAGUCGAAGCAGAAGUGGAAGCGACGAGAGAUCGCCGCAUCAUUUACGGAAGACAAAAUCGUCGGGUAAGCUACCCUCGGCGCUGUUAACUCCUACGGUGGAAAAGCAGGGAGGGUCUCUUGAUUCUUCUUCAUACAACAACAGCUCGACUUCGGUCAAUCUUGAAAGCGGGCGCAGAGCCAACAUCAAUAGUAUUAGUUUCAGCAGGAUAAGGUAGGAAGGAUAGAAUAUGAAAGCGUAAGGAAACGCAAUAAAUCUAAU